AUGCAAAACAAAGCACGCCUGGAGCUCGCCGACUACGAAGCGGAGAGCUUAGCCAGGCUACAGAGAGCCUUCGCCAGGAAAUGGGAGUUCAUUUUUAUGCAAGCAGAAGCACAAGCAAAGGUGGACAAGAAAAGAGACAAAAUCGAGCGUAAGAUUCUCGACAGCCAGGAGCGAGCUUUCUGGGACGUGCACAGACCAGUGCCCGGAUGUGUCAACACAACAGAAGUCGACAUUAAGAAGUCCUCCAGAAUGAAAAACCCUCACAAAACCAGAAAGUCAGUGUACGGGCUGCAGAACGACAUCCGCACCCACAGCCCCACCCACACCCCCGCCCCCGAGGCCAAGCAGCCCACAGAGGAGGAGCUGCAGGAACAGAUAACCUUUUGGCAAUUGCAAUUAGACCGGCAUCGACUGAAAAUGUCCAAAGUGGCGGAGAGUUUAAUUGGCUACACAGAGCAGUACCUUGAAUAUGACCCGUUCCUCACGCCUCCUGAUCCGUCCAACCCCUGGAUCACAGACGACACCACACUAUGGGAGCUGGAAGCCAGUAAGGAGCCAGGACAGCAGAGGGUAAAGCGAUGGGCCUUUGGUAUCGAUGAAGUGCUGAAGGAUCCCAUCGGGAGGGAGCAGUUUCUCAAAUUCUUGGAGUCGGAGUUCAGCUCAGAGAAUCUCAGGUUCUGGUUAGCAGUCCAAGAGCUAAAGAAGCGUCCAAUCAGAGAGGUCCCCACGCGGGUGCAGGAGAUCUGGCAGGAGUUCUUGGCCCCAGGGGCCCCCAGCGCCAUAAAUGUGGACUCCAAGAGCUAUGACAAGACCACCCAGAAUGUCAAAGACCCCGGACGGUACGCCUUCGAGGACGCACAGGAGCAUAUCUACAAAUUGAUGAAGAGUGAUUCUUACAGUCGUUUCAUUCGUUCCAGUGCCUACCAGGAGCUAUUACAAGCCAAGAAGAAGAAAAGUAAGAACUUGUUCUGA